UGAGAGCUGGGCGGCGAGCUGCGACCGUCGCCAGGUUGUGGGCCGCCAGCCUGUGAGCGGUGACACACGGCAGGAAGCGUUAGUCGGUGACGCGGCCGGGCGUGCAACCAUGCCCGAGAUGGUGAGCGACAGAGGACCGGAGGGGCUGCGACACGUGGAGAGCCGACCGUUCCGGCCCUUCAAGACGUCCGAGGAGUACCUGUACGCCAUGAAGGAGGACCUGGCUGAGUGGCUCAACACGCUCUACGAGCUGGAAAUGACGGCAGAGGUGUUCAUGGAGAAGCUCGAUACUGGUAUCGUCCUCUGCAACCACGCCAAUCAGGUGCGCGUGUGCUCGGAGCAGUUCGAGGCGGAUCACGUCAUGCGCCACGGCCGUCGCUUCUCACCCGGCUUCCGGGUGCCCGGCUGGGAGGUACACUACAACCGGCAGGCGCGUCCCGGCUCCUUCUUCUCGCGCGACAACAUCCACAACUUCAUCCGCUGGUGCAACGAGCUGGGCGUGCUCGACUGCCUCAUGUUCGAGACCGAGGAUCUGGUAUCGCGCAAGAACGAGAAGCACGUGAUCCUGUGCCUGCUGGAGAUCGCGCGACGCGGGGCCAAGUUCGGCAUGGCGGCGCCCAUGCUUGUGCAGUUCGAGCAGCAGAUCGACCGGGAGAUCGCGCGCGACGAGGCGGGCGGAGACGGAGGCCUACGCGAUCACGAGCCGCCAGCUAUAUGUGUGUACGGCCCCAGCCAGCAGGUGGUCACCAACGACCUAAAGAGCCUCGACGAGAUGGUGCGGAUCUAG